AGGGACACAAAUGCUAGUAACACCGGCAGGUUAGCAAGCAGGCUGCCAGCAAGCGAGAAGGACACGAGAGGAAAACGGUUAUUGUCAACCCCAGAUAGUAUCCAUCUAAAUGAACGGAAACUGCACAACACGAUAUCCCCUCAACCUCUACCGGCCAGCUCUUCAGCCACAAGCAACCUGACUGACUGAUAGAAACAAAUACAGUUUGAAAAACGAACAAAGAGCUGACAAACAACGCGUCUCCAUUAAUAGACAACGGAUGUCCUGAUUGGCUCAAACCUUCAGACAGACGGCCAGUUGUAAUUGUGGAACACGUCAACACAGAGAAAUCAAAUGGCUGACAAGCAGAUCAGUUUGCCUGCCAAGUUGAUAAACGGUGGGAUAGCAGGGCUGAUUGGUGUGAGCUGUGUGUUUCCCAUUGACUUGGCCAAGACCCGCCUGCAGAACCAGCUAAAUGGAUCACGCCUCUACACCAGCAUGUCUGACUGUCUUAUCAAGACCAUCCGCUCAGAGGGAUACUUCGGGAUGUACAGAGGGUCUGCGGUGAACCUAACCCUGGUCACGCCAGAGAAAGCCAUCAAGCUAGCAGCAAAUGACUUCUUCAGACAAUACCUCUCCAAGGAUGGUCAGAAGCUCACCCUGGUCAAGGAGAUGCUGGCGGGGUGUGGGGCAGGUACAUGUCAGGUUAUCGUCACGACUCCUAUGGAGAUGUUGAAGAUUCAGCUUCAAGAUGCUGGGAGAAUUGAGGCCCAGAGGAAGCUGAUGCCAGAGACAAUAGUACCAGGGACUGUGCCGACAAAGUCCCCCACCGCCAUGCAGCUGACCAGGGAACUACUGAAAGAGAAGGGCAUCGCUGGGCUGUACAAGGGCCUAGGGGCCACACUGCUCAGGGAUGUUCCAUUCAACCAUCAUUUAACUCUGCUGCCAGAACACCCUGGGGAAGAGAGGAGCGGAGGGCCCCGCCCCUUUCUACGUGUCAUUCCUGGCUGGCUGCUAGUUUACAGACCUAACUUAAGUGGGGUGACUGAUUGUAUCAGUAAAAUCAUGAAGAACGAGGGUCCUUCAGCGUUCCUGAAGGGGGCGUACUGCCGUGCCCUGGUCAUCGCGCCCUUAUUUGGUAUCGCCCAGGUGGUCUACUUCUUCGGCGCGGGAGAAUACAUCCUCAGCUUCCUGCCUGGCAACUAAGUGACAAGAACAUCAACCAUUCAGAUCUCUGCCUUUCCCUCCUCCCUUACAAAAUCACAACUACAUCAUGCACGGACCAUACACCUCUAGGAACCAGUCCCCUCUAGGAACCAGUCCCCUCUAGGAUCCAGUCCCCUCUAGGAUCCAGUCCCCUCUAGGAACCAGUCACCUCUAGGAACCAGUCACCUCUAGGAACCAGUCACCUCUAGGAACCAGUCACCUCUAGGAACCAGUCACCUCUAGGAACCAGUCACCACUAGGAUCCAGUCCCCUCUAGGAUCCAGUCACCUCUAGGAUCCAGUCACCUCUAGGAUCCAGUCACCUCUAGGAUCCAGUCACCUCUAGGAACCAGUCACCUCUAGGAUCCAGUCACCUCUAGGAUCCAGUCACCUCUAGGAUCCAGUCACCUCUAGGAUCCAGUCACCUCUAGGAUCCAGUCACCUCUAGGAACCAGUCACCUCUAGGAUCCAGUCACCUCUAGGAUCCAGUCACCUCUAGGAUCCAAUCCCCUCUAGGAUCACCUGUCAUCACGAAAAUAAGGUUUUGAUCACAUCCAUCAAUUAAGGGUUUCUUUAUUUGACCCUCUAGAGGUGAACAAGUUGCGUGUCGCCUCUUUCGGUGUCCCUAUCGUGUUGAAUGUAAUGUUAUGGUUGUGAGCACACUAACAGGAACACUAGGACGUUGAUUUGCCAAACUGUCUAAUGUCGGCAACACAAGAGUCCAGUGGAACUGAAGCCACAAAUAUCACGUUCUUAAAUGACGGUUGAUUUUUGUUUGUUCUUUAAUAAUAAUUUUUUGGGUUUUUAAAUGUGGCCGUGGUUACAGGGUAGUCCUUUUGUCUGAAUAGGGUGCUGCAGUUGUUACAAGCAGCUAUAUCGGUAGUUAGUCAUCUCUGUCAGUACAGCCAUAGCAGCAGAAUGGUCACAUGAUGACGUCUGUUGCCUAUUCAUCACGUUUAACGUUUAACAACAUAUCUUGUAAUAAUAUAAGUAGUACAACAUCGUUGAUCCAAAUGAAGAAGGAUUUAAUGAGACACAAGAUCAGUUAGAGAGAUUACGAAGCACCCUGUGUACACUCGUGGGAAUUAUGUGGAUAGGGCUAAAUUCAAAUGUUUAUUUUUAUUUUUACAGAAGAAAAAUGUCUAUAGCUCUAUAUAUAUAUAUAUAUAUAGUUAUAUAGCUCUAUCUAUAUAUCUGUCUCUCUCUCUCUAUAUAUAUAUAGUUAUAUAGCU